AUGGAUGACAACUUCAAAGAUUUGGUUCUCGUGACAGGAGCUUCUGGCUAUGUUGCUCUUCAUUGUGUGAGGGAACUUCUAGAAAAUGGUUAUAGAGUUCGAGGCACUGUUCGAGACAAAAAUAAUAAACAAAAGAUCGCUCCCUUACUCCGUCUGCCUUAUGCUAAUGAUAGACUGGAAUUAGUUGAAGCUGAUCUUUUAAAACCUGACCAAUGGCCAAGUGCAAUUUCGGGCUGUGACUAUAUACUUCAUGUAGCAUCACCUUGGCCAAUCGUAGCUGACGAAUCGGUUAUAAAAACUGCUGUUGAAGGAACUUUGAAUGUAUUACAAGCAGCUGCGAAGUGUUCAGAAAUCAAGAAAAUAGUUUUGACUAGCAGUUGUGCUGCUGUAAAUGAUGGUCACAAGAAUAGCUCAAGGAUCUUCGAUGAAACAUGCUGGACGGACUUGAAUAGCUCCUCAGUUGAGUACUAUGCUAAAUCUAAAACUAUGGCUGAAACAGCAGCAUGGAACUACUGGAAGAGCAUAGAAAGAGAAAACAAAUAUGAUUUAACCGUACUCAAUCCUACUUUCGUUACUGGCCCCGUGCUGUCUGAUGUCGAACAUGGAAGUGCGACGAUUAUUGGAAGAAUGAUGGAUAUUCGUACAUAUCUGGCAGCCCCACAUGUAAGCUUAGGCAUUGUUGAUGUGAGAGAUGUCGCGAAAGCUCAUGUUUUAGCUCUGAAGAACAAGGAAUCAAACGGUGAGAGAAUUCUGAUAACAAGUCAGCCGUCAGUAUGGUUCAAAGAUAUGACGAAAUGGUUAAGAAAAGAAUUCCAAAAACAAGGAUAUUACAUUACACCAAUAGAAACACCAACGUUUCUGUUGAAACUUUAUGCGGCCACUAAGAUUGAUCCUCAAGUUGCAGCUGUCAUGCAUCGAGUCGGACCAGAAUUAAGAUUUGAUAACUCAAAGUCUUUACGACUUUUCCAAAUGAAGUAUAUCGACCCAAAAGUCUCAGUUCUGGAGAUGAUGUAUAGUAUGAUCAGCUGUGGAAUGGUGAAGGCAACAAAGAAAUUUGUAAAAUGUCAAGAAAAGAAAUUUAAAAAAGUUAAAUGUGAAGCUUGA